AGCACUGUGGAUCCACCAGUAUUUUUGAACAUGGCAAAAAAAGACKCCCACUUUAGCGAAAAUGUGCUUAAAGAGAUGAAUGACUUUAGAAAAGAAGGUUUUCUCUGUGAUGUGACUUUGAACGUUCGAGGAAAUCUUUUUAAAGCUCAUCGAAAUGUGCUGGCCGCUUCGAGUCCUUACUUUCGAGCGCUUUUUACAAGCGACAUGAAGGAAAGCCAAGAUAAUACAAUUCAAAUCAAAGAACCCAGCACUCAAGUUAUGGAGGAUAUCCUUACAUAUUUGUAUUCUGGGAGUGUAGAGAUAUCGGAAUCCAACGCCAUUGAGCUCACAGUGGCUGCAGAUUACAUGUUUCUUCCUAAGCUAAAACAGAUGGGGACUGAAUAUGUCAGCCRGAAUUUGACAGCUGCUAACUGCUUAGGGGUGAUUKCCAUCGCCGAGAAAUACAAUUUUAGGGAUUUGCGAGACUGCGCACAAAAGUACACACUCGAACAUUUUGCAACCAUAGCACAAACUGAAGAAUUUGAAAAGCUUUCGAUCGAGCAGCUUAUGGCUAUAGUUUCUUGUGAUGACUUAGAAACCAAAGAAGUGGAAGUCUAUGAAGCUGUUGUUCGAUGGACUAAUUUUCAAAUUGAAGACAGGAAGAAACACUUCGACGCUUUGUUUGGGCGCGUGCGUUUGAUUUUUCUGCCUCGCUGCUAUAUUCUUGAUGUUGUGAAAGAAGAACCGUUGGUUAAAGAUAGUGAAUCUUGUCAGAAAGCUUUACAAUUGACCGACGAAUUUUUCAGCUCCGAACCAGGCAGAAAAAGCGUAUCUCCUCCAUUCAAACCUCGUACCUGUCAAAAUGGAAUAUUGCUCAUUGGCGGAUUUCUUUCAACCAACGAAAUAACUGAUAAUUGCCAGAUAUUUCUUCCAAAUYUUAAUGAAUUCAUUGAAUUAGCUCCCAUGUUGCACGCUAGGAAGAGUCACGGAGCCGUGUUUCACGAUGGYGGAGUAUAUGUGGCUGGAGGAUCCACUGACAGUCAAAUAGCAGUGAAAAGUGCAGAGAUGUUUGACCCCAAAUCAAAUAGCUGGACCAGUGUAAUGACWCUCCAAAGAGAAAGUGCAGGACUUGGGAUUGUAAGUCUUGGGAAAUAUAUCUAUGCCAUUGGAGGCCAUGACAACCAAGGGCAACACCUUAAUGUUGUACAACGCUAUGACUCAGCUUUGAAUACUUGGGAAUUUGUACAGCACAUGAUGGAAUCCAGAACACACCUCAGUGCAGUGGCAACAGAAUCUGACAUCUAUGCACUUGGUGGCUUUAGUAGCGAAGAUUAUCAACCACUAAACUCUUGUGAAUGUUACAAGCCUGAGAUAGAUGAAUGGAUACCAAAGGCACCUAUGCGAUGCCGUAGAGCAGGAGCCACUGUCUCAUACCUCWAUGGCAAGUUGUACAUCAUUGGAGGACAAGAUGUCCUUGACAUGCCYUACAUCCUUGAUGCUUGUGAAGUAUAUACCUCUGAGACAGAUAGCUGGAGUGCUAUUGCACCAAUGUGUGUCCCUCGAGCACACUCCAAUGGAGCUGCAAUCAAGGAUAAACUCUAUAUAUUUGGUGGAGUGAACAAGGGUCGAGAGCUGCAUGGGGUGGAGUAUUACRACACAGUAAAGAGUCAAUGGGAGGUAUUAACCAGAAUGAAGACAGCGAUGGAGGGCUUUGCUUGCUGUGUCAUUACAGUACCUGGAGAACUACUCACAUCUAUUUUGUAACUUUAUAAAAAACUUCAUACUUAAACAAUGCCACAGUUCAUUCAGGUGUAUAUGUGGGUACCAGAGUUGUUAGGAAAACCUAUGUACUAGGGWAUUGUAAUCUUCUAUGGGCAUGUAUCCUUUCAAGGGGGGAGAGUAUAGUGAAGGACCUACUUGCUUGGUGGUACUGAAACCACACUGGAACGACCUUAUACUCUAAAGAUAUCCAAACUGCAAUUUUUUCUUGUCCAUUACAAACUUAGUAAGAUAAACAUGCGUGGCAUGAUAUAGACAUUCUAACUUUAAAAGUGUGAUUUUAUCUAUAAACUUCGGUUUUAGGUAGUAGWAGGACACAUUUGAUUAGCAUUGCUUGCAUUGCUACGUGACUAGCUCAGUCAAAUGUAGAAAUACUAUAGGAUGUCAGAUAUAUUUAAAUAGGCUAUUUGGCCAAUAGUCUCCUUCACGGAUACCUGCGCCAUCUUGAAAGGUAGCUGUGCCUUUGCACCGAAGUGAGACGACCGUUG